AUGAGCAGUCUCCACAAGCUGCCAUCCGAACUCUUUUAUCUUAUAACAACAAGCCUAGGGGUAUACGAUCUGUUCAGUUUGUUGGUUGUGUUUCCGUAUCGUGGCUCUUAUCACCAGCUCCGACAUGCCUCCUACAGUUCAACUCACGAGAAGUUCGUGGCGCUGACAUAUGCAAUCCGUACUGGAAGUCUGGAUCUGGUACAGCAAAUACCCGGUAUACCGCAUCUUAUCAAGGAUUUCGAUGAUUCCGCACGUCAUGGCACCGGUCACCAGCAUAAGGGGAUCCUCGGCGGCGACGAAUUCAAAGCCCAGGAUUUUGCAAUAACCAACCUUGGAGGUUAUAUCAAUCCAUUGAUGCUUGCGAUCAACGGACGAUCGCUCGAGAUAGUCCGGUUUCUUCUGGACAGUGGGGCCCAGUCAGACGUCCCGGAUAUGUUCCACGGGCUCCUGCCGGUGUAUGUUGCAACAAUGAACGAGGACCUCGGUACUGUACGUCUCCUCCUCGAAUACCAAGCGUGGCCAAAUGGAGUGACCGACCGGCAGCGAAAAUUACCGCUCGACCUUGCGCUAGAGCAAAACAACAUCGGACUAAUGAAGCUGCUGUGUGCUCAUGGGGGUUGCCUGUCCUCCCACUAG